AUGGAGGCAAUAGUGCGUAUCUUGUCCUACGCCGUGAACAAACCGUACCGAACGACCCAAAUCACCGAUGAAACUCCUUAUCUAAACGAAAAUGGCUAUGUUGACUUUGCAGAAGGUGAUAUUGAGAACCCGCGUAAUUGGUCUAUGGCACGCCGUACAACUAUAACCAUGAGCGCGGUGUUACUAGUGGUGAACGCAACUUUCGCCUCAAGUUCGCCGAGCGGGUGCUUCGGUUCUAUAUCUGAGCACUUCAAUAUCUCUACCGAAGUUGCCGGAUUGACAAUCACUGUCUUCCUACUUGGCUACUGUGCUGGCCCGUUACUAUUCGCUCCAUUAAGCGAAUUCUACGGUCGGAGAUGGAUUUUCUAUAUUACCUUCUCGUUAUACAUCGCAUUUAACUUCCUAUGUGCUUUCGCGCCGAACCUGGGGGCUCUCUUGGUGGGCCGUUUCCUGACUGGAACGUUUGUUUCAGCACCACUGAGUAACGGUCCCGGUCUUCUCGCUGACUUGUGGGAUCCGCUUCAGCGUGCCAAUGCCAUGGCUGGGUUCGCUGCUAUGGUGUGGAUCGGUCCAGCGCUUGGGCCCGUUGUUGCGGGUUUCCUGGAGUUGAAGGAGGAUUGGCGAUGGAGCUUCUAUGUGCUUCUUUGGCUUGGUGGUGCGACCGCUAUUGUCAUGCUGACCAUUCCCGAGACUUAUGCGCCGAUCAUUCUCUACACCAAGGCAAAACGGAUUCGAGAGGCGAAGAUACCGGGGUAUGAGCAUGUGAGGGCAGCUGUUGAAGACAAUGAUCGGACUCUCCUUGCGAUUUAUAAGGUUGCCUUGACACGGCCUUGGAUUAUUCUUUUCGAUCCUAUCUCAUUGUUGUGUGCCAUUUAUAUGGCGGUCGUGUACACUCUGCUGUACAUGCUCUUCACCAUUUAUCCGAUUGUGUUCCAGGAGAAGCGUGGGUGGAACUCUGGUGUUGGCGAGUUGCCUUUGAUUGGCACCAUCAUUGGUGCCUUGUUGGGCGGUGUUAUAGUCUUGAUUGACACGCAAAUACGUCAACGGAGAAUACGUCGAGGUGAGAUGAAAAUGGAAGAUGCGACUCCAGAAGACCGCUUGCCACUCGCCAUGAUUGGAGGCAUUGGAUUUGCGAUUGCGAUGUUUUGGUUUGCGUGGACGGCUGAGUACAAUUCCAUUCAUUGGAUUGUUCCCACCAUCGCUGGGUGCUUCCUGUCUACUUGUAUGCUGCUUCUUUUCGUUGCGUAUUUGAAUUAUCUUGUGGAUGUCUACUUGAUGUACGCUGCCUCUGCAGUUGCGGCAAACACAAUCGCGCGAUCUGCUUGUGGUGCGGCCGCGCCUCUUUUCACGAGCCAGAUGUUUGCCGCACUGGGUGUGGGAGGCGGGGGUAGCUUGAUCGGCGGCGUGGCUGCAUUAUUGGCUGUGGUUCCAUUCCUCUUCUACCGAUUUGGAAAGCAGAUCAGGAUCAAGAGCAAAUUUGCUCCAACAUCACCAGCUCGACAGCAGAAAUCGGAUGUGGAGAGCAACCCACAAGAUCAAGGCGUUCAGAGCCCAACGUCGAUGUCCAGUCAGGAUGAAGGGAUCAAUGAGGGGGGAGAAGAAAAGUAA